UUCCUAGUUUCUAAGCUAGAGAAUCAAGGAAACCGCUGUAGAAGCAAUCUCGUUGCAUUUGAUGCAUUUGUAUGUUUCUACGAGUACAUACACUUUCAAGUGCUUUUCUCUGACCAGAGGAUUUCUUUCUUUUGAAAUUCGUUGCCUUUCAACGCUUGUUUGCCCUCUCUUGCGAAUAUCAAUCGCAUUUCUCCCAAAACACAAUUUCAUUUCAGGUGAAAACUGAAAUUCCGAUGUUUUUUACCUCAGGCUUUAAGAAACGCUCUCUUCAUCUUGGAUUGAUUUUUUACAGUUGUUGCUCAUUUCUUCGCUCGAUUCAAGGAAGCAAUUGGAUUAUUUAAAUAUUGAAUUGAAUGGAUGAGCCCAGUAGUUCCUCUGCAGUUCCUUAUCGAGGCUGGAGAAAAGCUGUGUACCAGUUUACGCAACAAAAUCUCCCAGCCUGUAAACCUGUUUUAACACCGGCAUGGGUUAUUUCAACAUUUUUCAUCAUAGGAUUCAUCUUUAUUCCCAUGGGGCUUUUCUUCCUUCAUACUUCACAAAGUGUUGUUGAAAUUGUUGAUGGGUAUGAUACUGAGUGUGUACCUGUACCAUUUAGGAACAGCAAAGUGUCAUAUAUCAAAGAUGACUCAGUUUCCAAAAAUUGUACCCGAUACUUGAAGGUUCCUAAGCACAUGAAGGCUCCAAUAUAUGUUUAUUAUCAGCUUGAUAACUACUAUCAAAACCACAGAAGGUAUGUGAAAAGCAGAAGUGAUCAACAACUGUUACAUGGGCUGAAAUAUAACCAUACAGGCUCUUGCAAACCGCAGGACACUAAUAAUGGUCUACCAAUUGUCCCAUGUGGCCUGAUUGCAUGGAGCGUGUUUAAUGACACAUAUGACUUAUUCCGCGGGGUUGAUGAAAUAAAAGUCAACAGAAAGAACAUUGCAUGGAGGAGCGACCGUGAUCACAAAUUUGGGAAGCAUGUGUAUCCGUAUAACUUCCAGAAUGGGUCCUUAAUUGGUGGCGCAAAGUUAGAUCCUAGCAUUCCUCUGAGUGAUCAGGAAGAUCUUAUUGUAUGGAUGCGAACUGCUGCCCUCCCAAGCUUCCGAAAGUUAUAUGGAAGAGUUGAGGAAGACUUACAUGCAGGUGAUGUUAUAGUGGUGAAGCUUUUGAACAACUAUAAUACCUAUAGUUUUGGUGGGCGGAAGAAACUUGUUCUUUCAACAUCUAAUUGGCUAGGAGGCCACAACAACUUCCUCGGAGUGGCCUAUAUUUAUGUGGGAUCUACAUUUAUCUUCAUCGCAUUUGUGUUCAUACUGCUUCAUAUGAGAACUCCAAGAUAGAAGCCAGCGACCUUCACCUUUCAUGGCGUUUGCUUUUCUUUAGUUUUGUCUUUGGAUCUGCGUUUUGUGUAGAACUUACGGAGAGACAAACAUAGCUUGGAACUGGAAAGGUGGUCCAAAUUGAAAGGUGAAGUUGCUGCAAUGCUGAUUCUGAAAAUUUGGUUUACUUUCAAAGUAUGGUAUAUCUAAAGCUCCAUAUUGUUAAACUUGAUGCUCGGAUCCAUGUUGAUUCUUGACCGCAUGUUAGAUUACCACUUGUAAUUUUAUUUGUAAUCAUUCAUGGAGGUGCUAGUAACAUUUUAAAUAUCUGUGGAUAUUUGCGGCGGUGAACUGCAAGUACUGAUGUGGAAAGGGGGUGAAGGAUAUUUUGCAUGAAAGCCACUAUAGAUGAGAAGAGCCAUCCUCCCUCCAUCUGAUAUAUAUUUAUAACUCAACUAAUUAUUGUAUCCCCAUUUUUUCCACCAUGUGUGUUCAAAAUGAAUUGUUUUGUUUUUCACUUUCUGUAAAGGAAACUCUCGAACUCCAGGUAAGGUAAUUAAGAGGUAGUGCCUGGACAAUGAAUGUAAUUACGCUGUGAAACAAUGGUCGGAGUAAAGGACCAGGGAAUGAUUUGUAACAUGAAAUCGCAGUAUAUUCCUAGCAAGAUGACUCCCAAAAGCCUAUACAA